AAUAACUCCACCGGAGACAGUGAUCCUUGUAAAUCGUAGUAGGCCUACUAUACCAACAGUUAUUUUAUUUAGUUAACUGAGAGUUUUACUUUCGUUAUACUAAAGAAUAUAGCACUCGUAAAUACUGUGACCAGCAUUAUGGUGGCAAGAAAUGUGACCUGUAAUUUGAUAUUUUUAUUUUUUUCUUAUAAUAAGUUAACGAAUGUUACCGAGUGGUGGAUGUUUUUUUUUUUUUUUAGCGAGGGUGUAGAUGAUGAUGACCCUGUACCUGUGAUUUUAGUGGACCCUUCAGGCCGUGAAGAAUGUGUCAAUUCUCUGCUGGUAGGGAAGGGAGUUGCCUGGUUCGUCAAACCUCCAGAUGAUCCCAUUAGUGAUGAACUCCGGCAUUUAGAUGAUUGGGAUCCUGCUGCAGAGGACUUCCUGUCAGAGCGAAACAGUUAUGAUGUGGAAGUGGAUGAUGUUGGCGUUGCAAUUGUGGGUGUCAAGGUAAAAGAUGAAAGCAACAUCUGUAAAUUCUUUAGGAAAAGAUCAGGAUGCUCGCGAGGAGAGCGAUGUCCUUUUCGUCAUGUUGCACCUCAGCCAGGUACAUACACUCAGGACCAAGUGAAGGUGUAUGUGGACACGGAGAAUGAGCUUAGCAUCACGCUGCCGGAGGAAGGUCGUUGGGUGGGUGUGCAGAUCAGAGCCAUUUACAGUCCACACUGCUUCUACAUCAAUCUGCCAUGGGGAAACAGAUACCUCACAGAGGCUGCAUCAUUGAAUCCUGAAACACAAGGUGAUGAAGUUAACUCUGAAAUGGAUUUGACAGAUCUGGUACACUUCAUGACGACACAUUACAAUAGUUGUCAAUUCAAGGGCAACAAGAUGCUGUUACCAGCCAUUGGAGAGAUCGUGGCUGCCAGGUUCACCUGUGAUGACAAGUGGUAUAGAGCGAAAGUCAUCUUCAGCGAGAACGAGAAAAAUGUGAAGGUAUUCUACUUGGAUUUUGGUAACGCAGAAGUACUUUCAAUGGCACGCAUCCACCCAAUUGAGCCUCAGUUUCUUCAACUGCCAUUUCAAGCAAUAGAGUGUACUCUGAAAGGUGUGGAGCCAGUAAGUGGACAAAGCAUCUGGACAGAUGAUGCCAUUCGAUGUUUUUCGGACCUUGUCUUGGAGAAGUCCCUUAUUGCCUUUGUCAGUAAGAGGUUUGUGGACAUGACUCGUCUUGAGCUCAGUCUGUUUGACCCGUCCAGGAGCUGUGGAUGUAUUGUUAAGGCAUUAUGCGCAGCUGGCUAUUCUCAGCCGGUUAUGGCCAGAAACAAAGAGACAAAAAGCUGAGGAAAAUUUGCGAGUGAAGAUUGCAGCCAAGAAGAGAUACGAGGUUGCAAGGCUGAUACAGUUACAUUGUGAAUUGGAUUGUUUGCAGCUCUUAAAUCACAAUUCACAUGUCUGAGACGCUGUUGUUGUCAUGGUGCUAAUGGCCAUUGGGUAUUGACUUUAUUCAUUUGGCCAAAAAUAUUUGUGUCUACAGAUAAACUGUACGAGACAUAAGGUGCUGUGUGAUUUACAGAGUUAUGCAUUACUGACCCAAUAGGAUAUGAUGUACUGAUACCUUGUGCAGACACUGUUGCAAAGCAUUUGUCAGGAUUCUUUGUUUUUUGGUUGUAAAUUAUAGAUAUUAACACCAUAGUAACUUUCUUUUUUGGAAUAUUUUCACAGCAUUGCACGAGAUUUGUCUUUAUAGCUGUUUCACUGGGUAAAUUUUAUGACUUGCGUUUAGGUAUACAUUGUAUUAUGUUAAAGAUAAUACACAGUUAGCGCUAGCUGAUAUGCAGAAGAAAAAUCGUCUUAUUUAUAUUACACAUCGCAAUUUUUUUUUAUUCAACUUGAUGUAUUGAACACUGCUUUUUUGAUUUUGACACCAUGAGUGUUAUUCCUUCAGUUUCUUUGCUUCUUAUUUUACAUGCUGUAUUUAUUUUGGGUUUAAUAAACAUUUCAGAUUGAUUUUCUU